UUUUUUCUUUAACAAUAAAUCUAAAUUUCAGUGAAAUAGCCUUGCUACUCUAAAGACAGGAUUGUCUAGAAGGGUAAUACAUAUCAGUUGAAUCAGUUACAAAUAGAAAAUACAUAUAUAUUGAAUAUAAUUACUUUUAUAUAUGUACAUAACUUUAUAAAAUUAUCAUGACUGCUAAUACUGGAACCUAUUUGGAACCUGCCCUUCGAAAACAUUAUACUGGCCAUAUUGGUGCUGUAACAGCAAUACGAUUCAAUGCAAAUGGUAAUCAAAUUGUUACUGGUUCAACUGAUUCAUCAGUGAUAUUAUGGGACCUGAAACAAGAAGCUCGUUGCUUACAAUUCUGCGUACACACUGGUCCUGUUUAUGGAGUCAGCACGUCUUCAAAUCUAAUUGCUUCUACAGGCCAAGAUCGUAGAGUAAAAAUUUGGGAACCCAAAAUACGUGGCGUGUCUUGUGAAUUUGUUGCUCACCUCAAGACUGUUCGAAGUGUUGAUUUCGAUCCAACGGGAAUGAUGGUUGUAACAGCUUCGGAUGAUAAAGCCAUAAAAUUGUGGAAGGUAGCACAACAAAAAUUCCUUACAUCUUUCGCAUAUCAUACUAACUGGGUGCGCUCUGCUAAAUUUAGUCCAAAUGGAAAAUUAAUAGCUUCUUGUUCAGAUGAUAAAUCUUUACGCAUAUUUGAUAUAAAUUCCGGUCAAUGCAUACGUACGUUUACGGAAGAACGCGGAAUGGGUCGGCAAGUAGCAUGGCACCCAGAUGGUAAUGUUGUAGCAGUAGCUCUUACUUGUAAUCGUGUAAAACUAUUUGACAUUGGUGAAACAGAAUUAAUCCAAUUGUAUCAAGUUCAUUCUGCUCCUGUAAAUGAUUUAUCAUUUCAUCCAAACGGACACUUUAUGAUUACUGGUAGUGAUGAUGAGACUAUAAAAGUACUUGAUUUACUAGAGGGACGUCCUGUAUAUACUUUAACUGGACAUGUUGGACCUGUAAGUGCAGUCUCAUUUUCAGCUGAUGGUAGUAUAUUUUCUUCUGCUGGCACAGAUAAGAAGCUUCUAAUAUGGAGUUCAAAUUUACAUAAAUACGAUUUUUCUUUAUUUCAAGCAAAAAAUAUUGAUAAAAAUUCCAAUAAUAAAUCAACAUCGGAUGAAACCAUUUUAAUUGAUGCACGUGGUACCAAUGUAUAUAGUGAACAAAAUGGAAAUGUUCAGGCCCUUGAUCACAUAAAUAUGGAAAGCGAACACGAUAAUAAUAGUGAACACUAAACUGGUAGUUGGUACACUACAUUCAAUCUGGGGUUUCUAAUUGUUUUAUUCCAUAAAGGAGAUAGAGUUCAUAAGUAUAUAUGAAUAGAGUUCAUAAUCUUUUUAUUGAUCAUAUAGGUAUGAAUAACCGGUUCAUUUCAAAUCAAUAUUUUAAAUACAUUUUUAUAUUUAAUUUUUGUUAAGAAUUAACGAAUUAUUUCGUGUCGUUAAUUAGUAAAGUAUUUGUCUUUCAUAUUUUUUAAUAUAGUUAAGGCUUCUA